CAGACAGCAGAAGCAGCAGAAAUGAUCGCACUGGACCCCGGAAGUGUCUGUGACCCUCAUCAUUUCUCACCUAUGAAACCCUUUAAACAGCUUGAGAAAUGAAAUGAUCUAUUUAUAUCUGCCCAUCGCUCAUCUGAGAAUCACAACUGGUGGAUAAAAUCUGAUUUCGGAGGCGGGUCCAGACUGUGGAUGCCUUUGAGUUCAAACCCAACAGGGUUCAAGAGGAUGUCAUUGUGAGGGACGCUCUGUGUGGUGAGAAUGCAGUCUUCAGGACACCGGUUGAGGGAUGUGGAGCAACACCAGCCCCUGCUCAGCGGAGGAGAGGAAGAGGUGGCGGCUAGCCGCAUCUGGUUCAUCCAGGACAGCUGCGGGAUGGUGUGCGCCUUCAUGACCUGGUUUCUGGUUAUGUACGCAGAAUUCGUGGUAAACUUUGUCAUGUUGCUCCCCUCCAAAAGCUUCUGGUACUCUCUCAUCAACGGUGUGGCGUUUAACUUCCUGGCUGUGCUGGCGCUGACGUCACACCUGCGAACCAUGCUGACGGAUCCGGGAGCUGUUCCCAAAGGUAACGCCACUAAAGAAUACAUGGAGAGUCUGCAGCUGAAGCCAGGAGAGGUCAUCUACAAGUGUCCAAAAUGCUGCAGCAUUAAACCAGAGAGGGCACACCAUUGCAGUAUCUGUAAGAGAUGCAUCAGGAAGAUGGAUCACCACUGUCCUUGGGUCAACAACUGUGUGGGCGAGAACAAUCAGCGAUUCUUUGUCCUCUUCACUAUGUACAUAGCCUCCAUUUCUUUGCAUGCGCUGUGUCUCAGCGGUUUCCACUUCUUCACCUGUAUUAAAGUCCAGUGGAAUGAGUGUAGUGAUUUCUCCCCACCUGUGGCAGUGAUGCUGCUGAUUUUCCUGUGUCUGGAAGCACUGCUGUUUCUCACCUUCACUGCUGUCAUGUUCGGCACUCAGAUUCACUCCAUCUGUAAUGAUGAGACGGAAAUCGAGCGACUGAAGAACGAGAAGCCCACGUGGGAGCGGCGGGUGCGCUGGGAGGGGAUGAAGGCCGUUUUCGGCAGGCCGCCGUCUCUGCUCUGGUUCAACCCUUUUGCUGGACUCCGUCUUCAGGUUCUGAUGGUUCGCGCCCAGAAGAACGGGGCCGAGUUCUCAGUCUGAGUGAAGAAUGCUGUCUAUAAGGCACAGCCGUCUGCCUUCAUGCCUAUUACCCCCCUCACAUAGGACAUAGGACUCCUUCCUUUAAUGCUGAAGCAGGUUUUGGAGGUACUACGGUGAAAACCUGUUAAAUAACUGAUGUCGCUCCUGGAACAAUGAGGCUACAUCUCGAUACAGCCUGUCUGUGUCCACACAUUAAUACCUCGGACGGCGGAUCAUACUUGUUUAUGCUCAUAUUGUCUUCAUGAACAUUCACACUCAUGGGUUUUUGUUUUGCUUUUCUUUUUUUUCGUUGUUGUUGUUCGGAAAUUUACAGAUUAUUUGAAGGGUGUUGAUAUCCGUUAUCCAGCCUGAAGUAAUUGCAUCUAGAGCGGCAAAAAUAAUGGUUGCGAUGGUUGUUUAAAGAAAUAGAUCAUAAACCAAACGGAAUGUGUUUUGCCAAAAAAAAAAAUUCUUAUGUGAAUCUCACAAAAACUGUCAGGAAAUGCCCAGGUGGUCAUAUAUCAUCUCAAAAUCAAAAGAAAUUAUAUUGUUCUAUA